CUUAAAAUUCUAAACAUGAAGUUCUUUGUUGUUCUCCUGGCUCUGGCCUUCGCCGCUCCCGCUCUGGGUCGCACCAUGAACCGUUGCUCCCUGGCCCGCGAGAUGGCCAGCUUGGGCGUUCCUCGUGACCAGCUGGCUCGCUGGACUUGCCUGGCCCAGCACGAGAGCUCCUACCGCACCCACGUGGUCGGCCCUACCAACAGCAACGGCUCCAACGACUACGGUCUAUUCCAGAUCAACAACUACUACUGGUGCCAGCCUGCCAACGGUCGCUUCUCCCACAACGAGUGCAAACUGAGCUGCAAUGCUCUCUUGACCGAUAACAUCACCAACUCCGUGCGUUGCGCCCAGAAGGUUCAGAAGGCUCAGGGAUGGGCUGCCUGGUCUACCUGGAAGUUCUGCAGUGGCUCUCUGCCCUCCAUCAACGAAUGCUUUUAAAUCGUUUGAAUUCUAAUACUAAAUAAAAUUUAGAUUUCUUAAUUGAA